GAGAGACAAAGAAAACAGACAUAGCAGCCCAGAAAUGGGGGUGGUGGUGGGGGAGAGCAACCCUCCACACUGAGCUGCGGUAAUGUGCUUGUUUAGCUUCUCUGCAGCUUGAGAGUUUUCUGCACGACUUUGCUGAGUUGCUUCUGACAACACUGUUCAAAGUCUGUGCAUCGGCGACUCUAUGAAGGCUGAACUAUCGCAGACCACAAAACGGAUGUGAGGCAAGGAUGAAUUGAAUCUUACCCCAUUCUCUUUUUUUUUGUUCCAUCCGACAAUAAGAGGCAGAGAGAGAGAGAGAGAGACGGGAGAGCAAGAGGGAGAGAGAAUAGUCAUUAAAACAACAUCUGCUUCCAUGCGCUUGGUGAUCCACUCAGUGAGAUGAAUGUGAGAUUUUACCCGACAGGACCAGCACCAGUGGGUACUCUGGCCGCGGAGCCAGCCUGCCUAACCUCGGCAUCCUGCCUGGAACAUUACUACUGCAAUAAGUUUGAUGGGGACAAUAUGUACAUGAGUCUGACUGAUGCAAACCAGGAUUACCUUCCUGCCAAUCAGUCCUUUGCUGGCCAGGGACUUGGUGAUGAAGACUACGAGAUUCCACCAAUCACUCCUCCAAACCUGGGAGACCCAUCCUUUCUUCACCUGAUGGAUCCUCAUGUGGGUUACCACUCACUGUGUCAUUCAGUACCUCCCAAUGGACUGCUUCCUCAGUACCCUUACCAGGGCAUCGACCUCCCAGCAGUCAUGGUAUCCAACAUGCUGGGCCAGGAUGGCCAUCCGCUGUCAAACCAACUACCUAUGAUGCAUGGAAUGGGUCAUCCAGAGGGUCCUCAAUACGAUUCAGGACCUCAACACCCAUUGGUCAGUCGGUCAGGAAUCAUGCCGCCUAGUCACAUGUCUGCCAUUAGCCAUUCACAACUGAAUGCACAGGUCAGUCUGAAUGUAGCUAGGAGCGUUCUGACUCACGGCUCUCCCUCGCCCCCUGGAAGCAACUCUGCCACUCCCUCGCCCUCAAGCUCAGCACAUGAAGAGGAGUCUGACCAUCUGUCCAAGAUUACCGGAGAAAAGAGACCGUCCAUGGACGUCGGGAAGAAGAUGAAGACACAGAAAAAGAAGAAGAAGAAGGACCCAAAUGAGCCACAGAAGCCAGUCUCUGCCUACGCUCUCUUCUUCCGAGAUACACAAGCAGCAAUUAAAGGACAAAAUCCCAACGCCACCUUCGGAGAUGUUUCUAAAAUUGUCGCCUCAAUGUGGGAUGGUCUUGGAGAGGAGCAAAAACAGGCAUACAAGAGAAAAACUGAGGCUGCGAAAAAGGAAUAUUUGAAAGCACUUGCUGCCUAUAGAGCCAGUUUAGUGUCCAAGAGCUAUGGUGACCAAGUGGAAACAAAGAAUGGCCAGACAUCUCAACAAUCGCACAUGAUUCCCCCUAAGCAGCCUCUCUAUAGCCUGCCCCCCCACACCUCAGCGCCUUACAUUGGACCAAAUUCCUUCCUCCCUCAGUCGGAGUUGCAAACAUACUCGGGCCCCUCCCACCAUGGCCUCUCUCGGACCCUCAGCUCCAAGUCGGUCAUGUCACAGAUGCCCCUGAGUGGCUCUCCACCCCCCUCGCUGCAGAUCAGCCCCCCCUUGCACCAGCAGCUCUCCCUCCAGCACCAUCACCAUCAGGGACAGCAGCAACAGGCUAACGUCCUCCAGCAACCCAUCUCCAUGCAGUCAGUGCAGAGCCAGCCAAUCAUCUCUCACCAGAUGCCAUUGCAAGUCCAAUCGCAGCUUCACUCUCCAGCAGGCCAGCAGGGAUAUGCUCACAUGCAGUCGGAAUUUCAGAACACGGUUAGUGCCCAGUCUCCUGGUCCGAGUGUUUCGAAUCCGAACGUACAGAGCAGCGAGUGGGAGAAUGAAUACUGCAACAAUGAGUGUGUCAUUAACCACUGCAGCAUGUUACCAAGGGACAAGCCACUCUACCUCACCUGAGCCCACACGACCUCCUGUACUUGGACUUUCCCAAGGGAGUCACCAGCCCAAAAGAUGCCCGACCCCUCAAACACCCACAUCAGUAGCAGGGAGGACUUCAGCUGAGCCAGUUGCCAAGGACUUGGAAUCAUUGACACAACACCAGCCUGUGAGCUCCCUCACGUUAUCAUCCAACUCUCACCCUCCUUCUUACCAAAAUAAAGUCUAAAUUAAAGUAAAGGGGGGCAAUUUAACUGGAUCCUAUCAAGGAAAUAUUUUUUGCUUGCCCCAAGCCUGGCCGUCUACUGUAGUAAAACUGCUUUUGUGGUUAAUGUAGGACCCUUGGCCUAAUGUGUGUGGGACAUUAUUACAAUAAUUAAGAUGACUCUGCAGGCAGGCAGACUGAAUACACAGUCCACAUUGGUCCUGCCACAAAGUGGAUCCUUAAAUAUGAUCAAGAUGCCUUUUCUACCACCAGAGUCCUGAUAAAUUGAAAUGCUGAGGACGUAAAAUAUUAAAUGUGAAACAAUUUGUUGAAGAAAGCAUAUAUUUAGGAUAUUGUUUUCUGUAGUUUUAUUAAGUGUUCUAGAUGUAUUGAUAAUUACAGAAGCUUUGUGUGUUGAAAGAUUAUUCUGUGAUUUACUUUAUAGAAAAGAGAGUUUUUUUUGUCUCUGAUUUUAUUGUAGCACACUUGGAUCACUGUUUAGCUGGGAAGGUAACAUUUGUGUAUAAAAUGCCAAAUGUAUUUGUUUUCCUUAAAGACCACUGACUGGGGCCUUUUAUAGUUGCAUUCUGUAGCUUUUAAUAUUAAUUUUCUGCCAUGUGCUCAAUUAUUUAAUAUUUUUUGAUUGACAAUGUUUAGUCUAUUUAAAAAAGGACACAUCAGUAUGUUCCUAAUAGGUUGGUGACCUUGUGGAGGUAUUUUUCCAUCAGGUUUAGCACCAACUGUCAGAUUUUAUGUUCUUAUGUUUCUUGUCUGAUUUUUAUAUUUUCC